AACUCAACACGUAAAUUCAUGUUAUCUUGGAGUACUCAGGUAACAAAGAUGGCAGGAUCAGGAAUGUGCAAAACUUUAGCAUCACUUUUGCAACCAUCACUUUUGCUGUCAAAGCUUGCUACAGUAACAAGAUGCCUUCACGGCAGCCCAGCCCUGGAGGGCAAGAUAAAGUUUAUUAAGCAAGGCAUUGACAUCAACAAAUACACUCUUCGACCACUUCGUCUCAUAAAAUCUGGUGGUCGAGGAUAUGAUGGUCGAAUCUGGACUCAUGGAGUUGGAGGAGGACAUCGACAGAACUACAGAAUGGUGGACUUCAAACGUGUAGGGCCCAAGGAAGGGGAUCCGUUGGUAGAGAAGGUGCUCUCUGUGCGAUAUGACCCAUGUCGAAGUGCAGACAUAGCAGUUGUGGCUGGAGGGGAGCACAAGCGUUAUAUCCUAGCUUCUCAAAACAUGAAAACAGGAGAUCUGAUCAAGACAUCUGGAAAACUCACACGCAUGGCUGUUCGUGCUGCAGAAGGUGAUGCUCACCCUGUCGGAUCCUUGCCUCUGGGAACAAUCGUUCACAAUGUCGAGAUUUUCCCAGGGGAGGGUGGGAAAUUUGCCCGAGCUGCUGGUACUUCUGCCCAACUGAUGCGGAAGGUUGAUGAACGCUGUAUCCUGCGCUUGCCCUCCAAGAGAGAGAUCAGUGUCUCACAGGAGUGCAUGGUCACAGUGGGCCGCGUCUCCAACAUUGACCACAACAAAAAGCCCAUAGGCAAGGCAGGGCGGUCACGCUGGCUGGGCAUCCGGCCUCAGAGUGGACUCUGGCACCGGAAGACUGGGUACAAUGGCCGCAAGAUCAAGGCAGCCAAACCUGUUAAGGUGUACGCAAAAAAGCCAUCGAAAAAGCCUCUACGACACACGUUCACAGUGUAGCCCACCAGCAGCGAGUAGUGUCAGUGUGUGUAAGUGCGGAGAUGUCCAUAUGAGCACCAGUAAACAUAUUCUUAUCAUCAUAUUUUGUUUCAUUCUUUGGCUGUGGCUUAGAAGAAUGUCACCGACAGAUUCUAGCAAACAGUAUUAAUGCAUACGAAAGAACUUGGUUUAUUUGUUACAUUUUGUUGAUUAUCUGAAAAGUUAACUUUAAGGGCUUCCUCUAGUGUCGUUGUUGUCCUUUAUGUUUACCACUGUUCCUCACUCUGCUUCCUGUUGUAAUAGUCUUCUUCUUGUUCCUAUUCCCCCCAGUGGAGCAUAGGGCCGCAACCACACUAACAUGCUUGCGGUUUCUGUAGCGUUUUAGUUGUUUACAGGGUGGGGUUGCUAGCCCCACGCCUAACCCUCCUCCUUCAUC